CUCUAGACUUAUACCAUCCCGAGAACGCGAAACUGCUACCCUCUUGUGCAGCUCAUCCAUAUCUCUAUGUCUUCCGAUGGUGGAGAAGACAAUGCCGCCCCUAGACACGACGAAGACAACCUCAUCUCGCACCAAGACAACCUCAGAGAGUCAAUAGAGGAGUUGUGGUACCUCAAAGAAGUCUCUUUCCGACCGUCACCCGACGCGGCAUUGAGGACACUGAAGAUUAUCACCCAGAACUAUAAUGGACCGUGUUCGUUCAUCGCUAUAUGCAACAUUCUACUUUUGCGCGGUCAGAUUGAGAUCCAACCACCAGAGCGGACGUCAGUCUCGUAUGACUAUCUCGCUCGGUUACUUGGAGAAUACUUGUUGACGGCAACUCCUGGGGAGGAUACCACUGCGGCUCUGUCCGUCAUGCCUGCUACGAGAAAGGGUAUGGACUUGAACCCGCUAUUCACUGGCACAACUGCCUUCCGACCAGCGGGUGAAGGCGGGGAGCUGAAGUUAUUCGAGCAUGCCGGCAUAAAGCUCGUGCAUGGCUGGCUGGCAGAUCCCGAUAGUCCGGAAUACCAGAUUCUCUCGAGGACUCAAGACUACGACACCUCCGUAAACCUGAUAGUCGAAGCGGACCACCUCACCAAGGGCCGUCUGCUCGCAUCGGCGGAAGUGCCCGCUGAGCCCGAGGCGGGCGGGAGCAGUAGCAGCGGUGGAAGUUACAACACGCUCUCGCGUGACGACCGACAGAAGGUGCAAGAUGCCGUCAUCAUCCGCGACUUCAUCGACAAGACCCAAUCACAGCUGACGUACUAUGGUCUCUUCACACUCGCCUCUGCCAUCGAGCCUGGCCAGCUCGUCGCGCUCUUCCGCAACUCGCACCUUUCCGUGUUGUACAAGCCCCACGGGCCAGACGGCGGGCUCUACACCCUCGUUACGGACCAGGUGUUCCUCAACGAGGCUUCGGUCGUGUGGGAACGGUUCGAGGACGUCGAAGGUGGCAUGUCGUCCUUCGUCGACUCUGAUUUCAUCCACUCGAGCCCGGCUGGCGGGGACUAUGCGGGCUACACAGCCGAGAGCGCGCUCGCCGCGCUCGAAGCAGAGACUGCGGGGCUGACGCUUGAGGAGCGCGGAGACGCUGAAUUGGCGAGACAGCUGCAGGCCGAGGAGGAUGAACGUGCGCACCAGGCGAGAGAGGCCCGGCGCGCGCGCGAGAGAGCACGAGAGGAGCUUACAGCGUCCCAACAGCACGUUCCUCGAUCGGCUCUCCCUGCUGACGAACCGGCGAAGAAAGCCAAGAGGAAGGGCGACUGUAUCAUUAUGUGAUCUCUGUUGACUGUGUAAUAUCUUAAGCCUGCUGAGUACCCUCUUGUUUUCACCGUGUUACAUUACUACGAUAAUUUAUUGGACCAAGGACUGCUGCGUCUCGUGGAUGCAUCCCAGUCGCAGUUCGUGUCUGGCUCCGUCGGCAGGUUGCGGAGUCAGCUGCAAGUCGCAGAUGAAUAGACUUGACGGUUCCGCUGCCAAUUUCGUGGUCGAUAGCUCAAUCCACGCGGAUCAGGACACAACGCCGGUCCUAGUAUGGAUGUUCUACUCGGUUGUUGCGCGCCCUUCGCCAGCUUCAACGGAGCGUCGUGUGGCGCCUAUUCGAGGCAACAAUGCCA